AUGAAAACAAUCGCUAAAAGACAAAGAUUAUAUGAUGAUGCUCAAAAAUUACGACAAUACCAAACUGGAGAUUUGACUGGCUUAAAAAUUGAUAAAGUUGAUAGAACUAAUACAACAUCGAAAAUUUUACCAUGUAAAGUCAUUUCAAUACAAUCAUCAUCCGACAAUAUGAAUACCUAUCGUCUUUAUACAACAAAAUAUGUUCUGUCUUCAAGAUAUGGUGUUAAUGAUCUCAUCGACAUAACAAAAUGUAAUUUUUCGGAAUUACGUGCUAUUGAUUCUCAAACAUUUAUUCAAGCUUGUAAAGAUUACGUUAGUAGUGGUGUUAAUCCAGUUGCAGAAGCUUGUGCUUGUAAUAGUGGUUGUGCUACAAAAAAAUGUCCAUGCAAAACAGCUAAAGUACCAUGUGGUAUAAAAAUGUCCAUGGACGGAAGUGAUUGA